GAAAGUGAGUGGGGAGAUAGGAAGGAAACGAGAGAAAGCUUGGUAGUGAAGCUGCCACUACGCUCUGCAUCUUCUCACUGACACACACACAUGCACACACACACACACGGAUUCUCGCCUUCACUACUUUCUCCUUACAGCCAAGCUGAUUUCUCGACUCGCAUCUCCAUCUGCCUCACUCAACUCCUUCUCCCUCUAUGUCUCUAUCUUUCUCUCCAUCCUUCUUGUUCCUUCCUCUCGUUUCACACACCGUCUUGAAGUAGCAAAACGGAACCAGGAAAAGCUCCAGGACAGGUGUAAGAAAGCCGAAAGUGAAGGAGGAUGCAGUUUCUAAAGCACGGCCUGGUCUUUUUCUCCUCCAUCCAGAACUCUCUGCUCUGCCUUUCCCUAAUUGCCACCGCAGCGAGCACAGAUGUUCCAAAGAAGAGCCCAUUCUCAUGGAAAACAGGCAUGUGGGGUGAGUGCAAGGCUUCCGAGUGUGGUUCUGCAGGUCUGCAGGUUCGCUCUGUAUGGUGUGUUCACUCUGAAGGCUGGAGCACACACCAGUCCAACUGUCAGCUCUGGAAGCGCCCAGCUCUCCAGCGCACCUGUGUGAAGGUGUGUGAGUGGCAGCGGCAGCUGUUUGAAUGGCAAACAUCUGCAUGGGGUCCGUGUUCGCCAACUCCUCCCCUGGCUGCUGAGCAGUGUGUGACAGCACAGCGUGGCCUCCAGAAACGCACUGCGAUCUGUGUACUUCAUUUGAACAGCACCACUGUGAACUCCCAUAUGUGCGUAGCGUUUUCUCCGACACCAGAGCUGGAGAGGGCAUGUCUGCUGCCAUGUCCGCUCGACUGCGUCGUUUCGAGCUUCUCUCACUGGUCACCUUGCAGCCGUACCUGUGCUCCUACUCUACAGCACCGUACGCGGCAGGUGUUAGCCCCGCCUCUUUACGGAGGAGCUGCCUGUCCGAGCCUCACGCAAGUCCGUCCUUGUAGCCAAAACAUUCCCCAGUGUCCCUCUGACCAACAGAAACACAGCUACAGCUUGUGGGCAGGACCUUGGAGUCCUUGCAGACGCAAAGGCACGAUGCCCAGUGAAAGGACCACAGUUGACUUUAGUCAUAGUCUGAGUGGACACAUAGUGCUCAAAUCAUCACAUAACGUCAAGGAGCAUGCUGGAAAUAUCCUCUUUCAGCAUCAUCACCAUGAUCACCAUAGAAGCCUCAAAGCAGCAUGGGAUAUUGACAUCGGAUACCAAACACGGCAAGUCCGCUGUACGAGAAGUGACGGCAAGAACGCCAUGCUAAGUCUUUGUGACCAUGUGGGCACCAGCGUAAACUUUCGCUCUUGCGUGAUGCCUAGAGAUUGUGACGUUUCUUCUUGGUCAGCAUGGAGCCAGUGCUCUAAAACCUGUAGGACAACAGACCAAUCAGCAGGCUUUCGGAGCAGGAAGCGCAGCAUGAAGACAGUUCCUAUCGCUGGAGGAGAAGAAUGUCCUGCUUUAGAAGAAGUAGAGACUUGUAACACACUGGAAGAGUUACUUCCACUUUGUCCCAGGUAUGACUGGAAGCUGACGAACUGGGGUCCGUGUCAGGUGAGACCUCUUAUCAGUCAGCAGGAUCAUCGCCAUGGAAACAGCAGUUUCCUAUGUGGAGGUGGGAUCCAGACCCGGGAGGCUUACUGUGUUAGGAUAUUUGCCAACACAACAAAACCUCACAUGUCCAGACCUGUUGGUCAGAACUUAUGCUCCAGUCCUCCUCCAUCACUGAUCCAGUUUUGUUCCAUCCCCUGUUCUAAACCUUGCCAUCUCUCUGCUUGGUCACCUUGGGGACCUUGUAUCCAUGACAACGGUGUAGAGCAUCCUGGAACAAAAGGUUUCAUGUUCAGGAUGCGUUUUAUCGUUGAGGAGCCCUGGGGUGAAUCCGAGAGCUGCCCUCAUGUUAGUGAAGCGAUGACCUGUGAUCACCCCAUAAGCUUCCAGUGGCGUGUGAUAUCACAAGGACCCUGCAUGCCUCAGGCUGGCGCGUGUGGCCGCGGGGCCCAAGAGCAGGCAGUGGAGUGUGUUACCGUGACAGGAGACGUCAUUCCCACUGAGCGCUGUCCAGGGGAUCCUCCUCCGCUCUGGAAGCCGUGCGAGAUGCCGUGUCCUGAUGAUUGCGUGCUGGGAGAGUGGAGCUCCUGGUCCUCCUGCUCCCACUGCUGUUCCAGCAAACAAAUACAGGGCAAACAAACCCGUUCCCGUGUCAUUCUCGCACCUUCAGGAGAGCAGGGAAAGGGAUGCUUGCCUGCACCUAUCCUAGACCAGUGGAGAGUCUGUGGCACUCAGGCAUACACAGUGUACCACUGGGAAACUUCCCAAUGGGGCCCCUGCACUCCAGACUCUGGCACAGACAAGAACAGCACAGAGCAGGAAGAGGUGGAGGAAAGGGCGUGCGGCACCGGGAUACAGACUCGCCACGUGUCCUGCAGGAGAGUCGACAGCGGAGAGGCAGAGCCUAACAGCUGUCCUGAGUCAACCCGUCCAGAACAGAAGCGUUCCUGUAUUCUUCCAUGCAAAGUGGACUGCAUCGUUACACCUUUCAGUGAAUGGAGCCCGUGUCCAGCUUCCUGCUCACCAAAUCUUCUUUUCUCAGUGAACAGCAGUAUUAGCACCCAGUCCCGACAUCGUAUAAUCAUUCAGAGGCCAGCCAGCGGGGGUCAGGAAUGUCCAGCUACACUCUUUGAGGAGAGAGAAUGUGAUCCACAACCUCUGUGUCCAACAUACAGGUGGCAGACACACCGCUGGAAUCAAUGCAUUUUGGUCCCUGAUUCAGUGAGACAGGCGGUUGGUAGUCAUAGUGAAACCUGUGGGCUCGGCCUGCAGACCAGAGCAGUGACAUGUGUAGGGAUGGACGAUUCUCCAGCAGACAUGGUAGAAUGCGUGCGCUGGGCAGGGGCCAUGCCCAAUGCAGUGCAGCAGUGCAAGGUGGCAUGCAAAGACGACUGCAUCUUCAGCUCCUGGAGCAAAUUCUCCUCGUGCCAGGGCUGUGGAGACUCACGCACUCGCACUCGCUCACUCAUAGGCCGCAGUAAGAAAUGGUGGCGCUGCCAGCAGGAGGCGCUAGUGGAGAGAGAAGCGUGUCCCUGCUCUAAGUAUCACACUCAAGCCCAUGGACCAUGGUCUCCAUGUCUGCUCCAUGAGCUUCACCAACCUGUUGGAUAUCCUUUUAUUAAGAGGUGCUCCCAUCUGGUCCAGAGAAUCACCCAAGCCUGGCGAAUGCACGGAGAGGGAAAGGAGUGUGGACAAGGGUGGCGCUAUAGAGCCCUGGCGUGUCUGGACCAUCAUGAGCGUUUGGUUAAUCCUGCUCUUUGCAACAGCAGUGGUGUUGAAGAGGAAGCGUGCACGGUGCCGUGUUCUCUCGACUGCAGGCUAAGUGACUGGUCCACCUGGUCAUCGUGCAGCGCCCCAUGUGGUGGUGGAGUGAAAGUGCGUGCUCGGUGGUUAAGAGAGAAGCCUUUUAACGGAGGACGUCCCUGUCCGAAACUAAACGUCAAAAAUCAGGUGUCUGAGGUAGUGCCUUGUUACUCUGAAUGCAAUCAGUACAGUUGGGAAGUUGAGCCGUGGUCCAUGUGUGUCAUCAACCCACCUAGUGCUAUCGGCAUCACAAGACAAACCCAGCCAUCAUGUGGAGAAGGUGUCCAGACCCGGAAAAUCAGGUGUGUGAGGAAGGAAGAGGACAGGCGCAUCAGCGUGAAUGACUCUUUGUGUGGUCAGGAUGAUCAGCCAAUCACAGCUCAAGCCUGCUACCUGCCUUGCCCUGGCCAGUGCGUCAUAUCAGAAUGGAGCCUGUGGUCUGAAUGUCCUAUGGGCUGUAAUGAGAAGGAAUUAAGAUGGAGGAGUAAAAGAGUACUGAGGAUGCCAGGGAGAGGACACACCUGUCCUGAGCUGAAUCAGACACAGUCCUGUACCAACAAUACCUGUCUCUCAUACUCUUACGCUUAUUCAGACUGGAGCAGUUGCCGUCUCAGUGACAACGCAGUAUGUGGCCAAGGCACAAAGACGCGUCUGCUGAACUGCAUGGAUAGUACCGGAAAGCUUGUAGAACUCAGCAUGUGCAAAGAGUGGGGUCCUUCACGAGGGAAGCUGUCUGCUCCAUGUGAAGUGAGCUGUCCUGUUGACUGCCUGCUCUCUGAUUGGUCGCUCUGGUCCGAGUGUUCACACACCUGUGGAGCACAAAGUCAGAUGACACGUUCCAGAUUAGUUCUACAUCAGGCAGGAGAAGGUGGAAGGCCCUGUCCUUCUCAGCUCUCUCAAACAAAACCGUGUCCCAUUCGGCCCUGUUACAGCUGGAUGCUGGGAGACUGGAACUCCUGCAGAGUGGAGGGUGCGGAGUGUGGUGAUGGGGUGAAAGAGAGGAACGUGUCCUGUGUGGUGCACUGGGGUUCUCUUUCCGGGCCUCCUUAUCCCAAAGCUGUGCAGGAGGAGCACUGUGUGGAGAACGGAUUAAACAAAGCCAUGACGACAGAGCUUCAUCAGCCCUGCUCUAUCCCCUGUCCAGGAGACUGUCAUCUGACCAGCUGGUCACCCUGGAGUGUGUGCCAGCUGCUUUGUCUGGAUGGACGGAGCUUUGAGAUGUUGGGGCAUCAGGCUCGAUCCAGAGCAGUGAUUGUCCAGGUGCCAGAGAACAAGGCCUCCUGUCCGAGUCAAGUCUACGAAACACGACCGUGCCAACGAGGAACCUGCCUCAGUUAUGAAUGGGUCACAGGCGACUGGAAAGAAAAUCAGAGAGCAGUGUGGUGUCAGCGCUCUGACGGGGUUAAUGUCACUGGAGGGUGUUUUCUCCAGACUAAACCCUCUACUGUGCAUCAGUGCAGUCCAGCAUGUAACAAGCCCUUCUCCUUCUGUACACAGAGUGGUAUGUGUGGCUGUGAGAAGGGCUUCACCGAGGUCAUGACUUCUAAUGGUUUCCUGGAUUACUGUACGAAAACCCCAGGGUCGGACUAUAAGAAUUCGAACGCAAAGAGAAGCGGCGGCCGUCUGAGGCGUCUACACGAGCAGAAUGAGAACAGAGCCUGGACUCUGCAGCCACUCGGACCUGAUGGACGGGUCAGGCUGUGGGUGUACGGGCUAAUGGCAGGUGGAUUCAUCAUGAUCUUACUCAUCAUCGCAAUGUCCUUUCUACUGUGCAAAAACCCUAAAGAUCACCUGAACUCCAACAGGACACCGAGGGCCUUAGCACUGGCCUACGACGGAGACACAGACAUGUGACUAUUCUGCCGAUCGGACUACAACACCAACUUAUGCAACUCAGAGACCUCCUGAGAAAAACCAAGGUCAUUCCAGCUGCAAGAACCAUGCUGUUUCAAACCAAGCCCUGUGCCUCUACAUGUAGUGUGUUUUUGUGGUUUGAUUUUUACAGAACAAAUGUACUGUAAAUGUACAAUGGGCUAAAAAAAAAGACAAAAAAAAAACAGCUGGAGAGAAAAAUUAUCACAAAAAGAAAAGUGAGUUGAAAAUGGAUUAUGUUUAUUAUUUUUAUUUAUUUUUUGUCAAAGCAGACAGACUCCCUUUACGCACUAUGUUAGUGCAAUAAGUUACAGAAUACGUUUUGUUGUCUAUAUUGUAAAAUUUCACGUCCGUGUUGUUUUUAUGAUGCUCGAUUCUCACUCUUCUUGGAUUGCGGAUUCUCACCGCAUUUAAUUGCGAUUGUGUGUGGCUAAAUUCAUUCAGAGGAUCAGCAACGGUUCUAUAUCUAUUUUGUGAUAUGUCUGUCAUAACAGCAUCUUGAAUGGUUUGUAAAGAAAUUCAAAUCUUCUGAGAACAGAGAAUCGCACAAUUUGGACAUAACCCACGGUGAUGGAUGCUAUAGUGAAUUGCCUAGAAUGUGGGGGUAGAUAUUUAAUCCACAGAGUGACACAAAUGUGGGCCAGUUAACGUGACCCAAACCCAGCUGCAUCUUCUGCUAAUUCAUUUUAGCCAUUUAAUCUGUCAGAUUCUCUUUUGUCUGCUCUGAAAUUAAGUGAAAUCGUCACUGACAUCUGCGCAAGCUGCCCCGCUACUGAGCUCUUCUGUCAUUUUCUAUUAGCCCCAACCAGCUGAACUGGAUCAAACUCAAGCAGAGAUCAAGCUGAAGACAAGCAGAAUUUCUAGAGUUAGUUGAAUUAUUAUGGCUAGAUGUGUGCUGGACUGACUACCAGAAGCAGGCUGCACAGGCAUAGAAGUUUCAGUAGGUGGUAAUAUAAUGCAAACUAAAAAACCAACAGAAAUCAAGUGCACAGGAAAUCUUCAAAUGUCAUCACAUCUGAUCCAGGUCCAAGAAAUGGGAUCCGGAUCCUUGAAGGUCAGUGUACGCAGAGAAAAUACAUUCUAGUGGUCUACUUUUACUGCAACAAAGCAGUCCAGUUUUUAAGUCUGUAAAAAUCUUCUGAACAAUAAACUGAGCGACCUGAUAAAAAAUACGGCUUCGGCCCUCAUCUGUAUUUUGCACACAGUUCACACGUGGCAUCAACAGAGUGAAAUAACGUGAAGCAGAGGCCUGAAUCAACUCCACUCCUAAGGUAGUUUGAUUCUCCAGCACUAUUGGAGGUCUGCGAUAAGCCUCGUCCACGUACAGAUAUGAAAUUGGGUACAUUGAUUUAUGAGUUCAAGUUAAAAAGAGCCUAUUAUGCUCCAAACAGAUAAUACUGAAGGCUAUUUAGACAUUGAAUCAUUUUAUCUCUAAAUGAGUUCACCACAAGAUUAAUAAUUCACUUAUUUCCAAAAUACUCGCACUAAUCUUUCACACAUCCUGCAGUGUCAUCAAGUACAAGAACGCACACGUUUCUUUUUAGCGCCUGUCUGCGGUACCAGGUGUAAAAAGCUACACUCCGGGAUAGAUAGAUAGAUAGACAGUCAACAGCCCCAAGCAUUUAACCAUCCAGAGAUUCGCCCCAUCUUCGAGAGUUGCCUUUCUCCUUCACCUGUCCUAUCUUCGAGGACACCGCACUCCUCCUUUCUUCUCCAUUCCUCUAUCUCUCCACUCUCCUCUGUCUGCGCUGUAUUUGAGAGGAAGCACUUUCUUGCUCAGUGUGUGUCUUAUCAGAUGAGAUAAGACUGUGAGCUUGGGUCCUAAUAGCGUCCUGGCCCAGCGAGAUUCUUCUCACGUGUGCGCUGAACAAACAAACACAUCAUCCAGCCGCAGGACCAUACAUCAUUCCCGUACAGCAUGCCGCACCUUACCACAAAACUAGCUCUUUCAUCAAACCCAGGGUUUACUCACUUGAGGACAACAUUGCAACACUCCAGGGAAAUCUACUUCAAGUAGCAUUUUCCCAGCAGACAAGAACUCACAAUACAUAUACAGACACAUAUAUAACAAUCUUUCAACAAAUGUCCAUAUUUGAAAUUCUGUUGAAAUACUUAUCACCUCUUUUGAUUGGUCAGUGACUUUUGAUUGCUCUUUGACAAAUCUGAGGUAGUAUUUGUCUUAUUCCUUGCCGUUCUAGAUGUUACACAAUCAUGAAGAAGCACGGUCUAUUUUACAACAUAAGAAAUCAGUCCCAGAAAUUUUUUUUUUUUGCCAAUUGUUUUGGCCAAAAAUGUUUGAUGGAUAAACUACUUGAAUUUGCAAAUUGCAAUCACAGGAUUCUUCUUUUAAACCAGCAAAGACACAUAUGUAAUGAUAUUCUAGGAUAGCUGUACUCUUGUUCGAGGGAUUGCAUAUGCAAGGGAUUGAAUGAAUGAAUGUUGUGAUGAUGUCACACAUGUCCUAAACCAGAUCUGUGGAAAAUCUGCAGUCAUUUAUAAAAGUUCCUCUGAAUAUCAUGGAGUUUGCAUUCAUUUUUUUUUGUGAGGAAAUCCUGGAGGGACUGUUGAGCGGAAACUGCAACAAGCUCAUCAGGACAGGAAUCAUGCUGGCACUGUGAACAGUGGAUAUUAAUAAAAGGGUUGCCAGAGUUUCAGAUUCUACUCCAUAUUAAGCAAUUUCAAAAAAAUAAUAAUAAUAAUAAAUUCUCU